AUGGGUCUUACCAACUACUUCAAAACUGGCAACAAGUCAGAACCUGCCCAGGCUCAGCUAGAUGCUCCAACUUCGAGACCGAUCCGGAGUCUGCAGCCUUCUUCGUUGUCGGACAGGCCACUAUCUUCCUUUAACAUCGGCGGAAACGACAUGGAACUCCAGCCACCUACUCCUCGCUUCCAUUCAAGGCCGCAGUCUAGCUCAGGUCGAUCAGGACGAUCCACACCGUCGACAGCAGGAAGUUCCAUGUUUCUUGACGACAUCAAGCACGAAGUCAUGGUCAACUACCUGUACCAACAACAAUGUUCCCAACUUUGGGUCAGUGAUGGAUCGGGGGAGAUUGAAGGUGUCCUUCUUAGAAAAGUCAGAGGCCACUACAUGGCUUGCCCUCCUCAGCUUGGCAGCUCGCCGUUCGCCUUGGCUUGCUCAGCCAUGAAUGUUCAGGCGGCCAUGACUGUCAAUUCUCGCGUUAUCAAAACCUUCCUCCAGUGGUCCCCCGACGCUGUCGACGUGCCUUUGAUGAACGGUUUGCGGGUCCAAAUUCUGCCCACAAUCGAGGAUCUUCCUCGCGCGCGAAAACAUCAAUUUGCUGCUUUUGUCGCUUCUGAGGGUUUGCUAAUCGUGUGGGACGAUGACCCGCUACACCUUGUUCAGCGUGCCAAAGCCAUUGAGUCGGAGCUCAUGGAACUCGUGUGGAAGGCGGGCAAUACAGAUGAUGAAGAGGACGAGAAAAGGGGAGGCAAUAUCGCCGAGGCCGAGAUUGACGAGGAGAGCGGUGAAGUGAAGCCUGAAAAGCGACCUAUCCACCUACAGAACACCGUCUUGGUGUCACUGACUCUUAUCCUCGUGACCGUCUCUCUUGGAGCUGCCUGGCGUGAACUGGCCAUUGAAGUCUCCGUCGAUGGCAACUAUGUUCGUUUGGCGCUUGUGGCCUUGUUCCCCAUCCAAAUCUUCUUUACUCUCUUCUUCGCCCAAGUGAUUGUCGGCUGCUUGGCUCAGAUCUUCGGCCCCAUUCGGCAGCUCACCAUGAACUCCAAGUUCUACUCGGCAAGACCUCCGCCUCGCCUGCAGACACCCGUCCUGCCUCACGUCACCAUCCAGUGUCCUGUUUACAAGGAAGGUCUGCAAGGCGUCAUUAUCCCCACUGUCAAGUCCAUCAAGCAAGCCAUGUCGACCUAUGAACUUCAGGGCGGGUCAGCCAACAUGUUUGUGAAUGAUGACGGUCUGCAGCUCAUCCCAGAGGAGGAGCGUCAUGCCCGCAUCGAAUUUUAUGCCGACAACAGCAUUGGCUGGGUUGCGCGUCCCAAGCAUGGAGAGAACGGCUUCCAGCGCAAGGGCAAGUUCAAGAAGGCCUCCAACAUGAACUUUGCCCUCAUGAUCUCUUGCAAGGUCGAGGAGAGGCUUCAGGCCAUCAACCGUCCCCUUGAAUGGAGUCAGCAUGACGAGGCCCAAGCUUAUGAGCAGGCUCUCAAGGAUGUCCUGGAGGAAGAUGGCCGCGCCUGGGCGGACGGAAACAUUCGUGUUGGCGACUAUAUCCUUCUCAUCGACUCUGAUACGCGUGUCCCUGCCGACUGCUUCCUUGACGCUGUCUCUGAAAUGGAGCAGUCUCCCGACGUCGGCAUCAUGCAAUUCUCGUCCGGUGUCAUGCAAGUUGUACACACCUAUUUCGAAAACGGCAUCACAUUCUUCACCAAUCUUAUCUACUCGGCGAUUCGGUACACCGUCUCCAACGGCGAUGUUGCUCCCUUUGUCGGCCACAACGCCAUUCUUCGCUGGUCUGCCAUUCAGCAAGUUUCUUACCAGGAUGAGGACGGCUAUGACAAGUUUUGGUCUGAGAGCCACGUGUCUGAAGACUUUGACAUGUCGCUUCGUCUGCAGUGCAAUGGGUACAUCAUCCGUCUCGCGGCGUGGGCUGGCGAAGGCUUCAAAGAGGGCGUGUCCCUGACCGUGUAUGACGAGCUUGCGCGAUGGGAGAAGUACGCCUACGGCUGCAACGAACUGCUCUUCCACCCCAUCCGCACCUGGCUCUGGCGCGGUCCCUUCACGCCCCUGUUCCGCCGUUUCCUCUUCUCCAACAUUCGCUUCACCUCCAAAAUCACCGUGGUGUCGUACAUUGGAACGUAUUACGCCAUUGGCGCAGCCUGGAUCAUGACAACUGUCAACUACUUCCUCAUGGGCUGGUUCAACGGGUACCUCGACAAGUAUUAUGUCGACUCUUGGAAGGUGUGGUUUUCCAUCAUCAUCGUCUUCAACGGACUUGGAAAUAUCGCUCUCGCCGUGAUGCGAUAUCGUGUCGGUGAGCGCAACAUUCUGUACGCGCUUUUUGAGAACUUUAAAUGGACGAUUAUGCUGGCAAUUUUCUUGGGUGGAUUGUCGCUGCACGUCAGCCAGGCCCUGUUGGCUCACAUGUUUGAGAUCAACAUGACUUGGGGUGCCACAAGCAAGGAAGCCGAAUUUUCCAACUUCUUCAUCGAGGUCCCCAAAGUUUUGAAGAAGUUUAAAUUCUCCAUGCUCUUCUCGCUCGUUGCCAUUGCCGGCAUGAUCAUCCUGGCAGUCGCCCCGUUCGUCCCCCACGACUGGCGCAUCACCGACUUUGUGGCCAUUUUGCCCAUGGCCACCGUUGCCGCGAGUCACUUCCUCCUCCCCUUGGCGCUGAACCCUGCCCUCAUGACAUUCUCAUGGUAA